ACUAUGCUCCAAAACGGAUCGCCAGAUUAAAAGAUUACUACUGCUACUACUAUUGCCGACGAUGGAGUAGUUAUGAAUGUGUUGUAAUUAUUAAAAAAUAUUUAUUUAACGAACAGUUUAAUAAAGACAUCUUUCUUAACUAAAACAAGUUUUGUAUUAUCUAUUACAUACAUAUUCGUAGUACCAUAUUAAUAUGCCUUCUUAUAAAGUUAAGGUGAAAUGGGGUAAGGAGCUGUAUGAUGAUGUGGAAGUUAACACUGAUGAUGAUCCCAUUGUUUUUAAAGCCCAGUUAUUCACCAUCACAGGAGUUCCACCUGAUCGCCAAAAAGUUAUGAUAAAAGGAACCACAUUGAAGGAUGAAGUUUGGGGAACAAUAAAAUUAAGAGAUGGUGCUACUGUCCUUAUGAUGGGUACUAAAGAAGAACUUCCUAAGGAACCUGUUGAAAAAGUUCUUUUUAUGGAGGAUAUGUCUGAUAAUGAAUUAGCUACUGCGUUGGAACUGCCUCCUGGAUUGACAAAUCUAGGCAACACUUGCUAUAUGAAUGCAACUAUUCAGUGUCUUAAAACUGUGCCUGAGUUGAGAGAAGCCCUCAAAAAAUUUACUGGAGGAUUGGCAUCUGGUAACACAAUUGUUCCUGCUCAAUCAAUUACUGCUGCAUUGAGAGAUUUAUAUGAUGCUAUGGAUGCCUGUGGGGCAGAGUAUCAACCUUUAAUUCUACUACAAGUAUUGCACAUGGCAUUUCCUCGUUUUGCAGAAAAGAAUGAUCAUGGUACAUACAUGCAACAGGAUGCCAAUGAAUGCUGGACUGAAGUGAUGAGGAUGUUGCAGCAGAAAUUGCCAUCUGCUCCCAACAAAGACCUGUCAGACCAAGCUUCAGCCUCCAAAUAUACUAGUUUUAUUGAUCAGUAUUUUGGUGGAACAUUUGAUUCUACAUUAAAAUGUAUUGAAUCAGAGGAUGAACCAGAAACACAUCUUAAAGAAAAUUUUCUCCAAAUAAGUUGUUUUAUAUCAACAGAUGUUAAGUUUAUGCUGACUGGAUUAAAGCAGCGUAUGGAAGAGACACUCACAAAAUUUUCAUCUACUCUAGGAAGAGACGCUCAAUAUAAAAAAUCUAGUAAAAUUAGCCGUUUACCGAUGUAUUUAACUGUACAGUUUGUUAGGUUUUAUUAUAAAGAAAAGGAAUCCAUAAAUGCUAAAAUUUUAAAGGAUGUUAAGUUUUCGUUAGAGUUAGAUGUUUUUGAAUUGUGUAAUGAAGAAUUGCAGGCUAAACUUACUCCUAUGCGAGCGAAGUUUAAAGAAGUAGAAGAUAAAAAAGUGGAAGAAGCGCAAAAGGCUAAGCUAGCUCCUCAAGAGCCUCCCCUGAAAGAAGCAAAAAAAACUAAAGCAAUGUCUCAUUGGUUUGAUGAUGGUAAGUUGAAUCAUAUCUAAAUUGUUUGUAAAGCAUUUGUUUUCUAUUUGUUUUACUGUGCCCUUUGCAAAUUAUUUCCA